AUGACAAAUGUGCACAGAAAUUCUGAAUACACAACCAAUAAUUACGUUGGCCAUGGUAAGUUAUAUUAACAGGCUGCCAACCCAGUCAGAAUGUCCAAAUUAAAUCUGACCUCCUCUGUUUAUAGUCACCGACAAAUCACAAAAGCAAGCGACAGAUUCACCUGCACUUAUUCGCCAAACCAGUAUCUGGACCUUUCAGCUGAUGAGAAAGGAUUGUGGGUAAUGUAUGCCACAGAGGAGGCCAAGGGUAAAAUUGCGGUCGUUAAGAUAAAUGACAAAUCAUUCGGUAUUGAGGAUGAAUGGACCACUAGUGCGUUCAAGCCUCGAGUAGGGAAUGCUUUCAUGGUGUGUGGAGUUGUGUACGCCACCAGGCCAGGAGAUCUGAAGACGGAGGAGAUCUAUUACUCAUAUGACACCAAGACUGGAGAGGAGAGAUACAUGAGUUUUCCCCUUUAGAAAUUCCAGGAGAAAUUUGUCAACCUGCACUACAAUCACACUAAUCAGAGGCUUUACAUGUACAACAAUGGCUAUUAUGCGUCCUACAAUGUGAGGUUCAACAAAGAAUGA